AUGUCGGAGUUUGACUCACAAUCAAAGAUGAUAUUAUACCUCUACAAUCAAUCUCACCAAGUUAAAACAGUCGUAGUAACAAAAAACUCAUCUAUUAGUAUAUUAGAUUUGGUUUGCAAAAGUGACAAAUUUAUUCCAUCUUAUAUAUAUAAUGGUAGACUUCUCGUGAGAAACAUGAAAUUCAAGGAAUAUGAAAUUCAGAGUGAUGCCUGCAUUUAUGUGACAAACAACAUAUCCUACUAUUUUUCCAAUAAAAAUGUUUUAGAUGAACUAAUGAAUAAAAACAAUUUUAUCAAUUCAAACAUUCAAAUGAAUGCACUUAGAACAGCUGAUAACAGUUUUAGAAAUGAAAUGGAUAGACUUUGUGACCUCCAUAAGAUCCACAUUGAAAAAGAGAUGAUUAGACAGGCCAAUAGAAAACUUCGAAACAAAACUAAUAUCCCAAUCAUUAAAAAAGAAGUCCAAGUUUCAAUUCCAAAAUCGGAACUCUCAACACAGCCACUCCCAAAGUUCUGGUGA